AUGCCAAGAAGACGUACAAAUGUGAUAAGUGAAGAACCAUCAUUACAGCUUACUGCCGCCUCAUCCACUCUACAUACAACUGCGCAUUCAGUACAUACAGUUUUCUCCAUUGAAAAUUUUGAUUCAUCAAAGAAAUUUGAUCGGUGGUUAAUGAGGUUAGAAAGUGCAUUUAUGAUUUUUGAAGUUCCUGAUAUUAAAAAAUGCGCUUAUUUACUACAUUACAUGGGACCAGAUGCCUACGAUAUGCUGUGCGAUAAAAUUUCUCCAAAAAAACCUGAUUUGUUAACAUAUGAAGAAACAGUGGAAAUAAUGCAAUUACACUACAAUCCUGAACCAUUAGAGAUUGCCGAAAUCUUCAGAUUUUUACAAUCUCUAAUGGUUCAGGAUAACUAA